AGAAAACAAAAAAAAACAAUUUGAGAAAUCCUGAAAUUCUUCAGAGACUGGUUGGUACGUUGUUGCGGUGUUCAAUCUUCUUCAUCCAUCUCUAAACCCCAAACCCGAUUCACGAUAAUUUCAUGUUAUUAAAUUAAAUGUCCGGCGCCGGCGACGUGGACGAUGAUGCGAUGCUCAGCGACGUCGAGGACGACACCGCCGCCGAUCCAAUUCCGCCUCCCUCACCGGAAAACAUCUCCGAGGAAAAACUCCGGGAGAUUCUAACCGAGCUCGAUCAGGAACGAAAGGCCCGCCUCGCCGCGGAGAAUUCCAAGUCCGAAUUGCAGGUUUCCUUCAACCGGUUGAAGGCUCUCGCUCACGAGGCCAUCAAGAAGCGCGACGAGUUCGGGCGCCAGAGGGAUGAUGCUGUUAAGGAGAAGGAGGAGGUGGCGAAGCAGGUUGAGGAGGUGGUGAAGGAGCGUGACGCGCUGCGAUCGGAGAUUGGGAACUCGAGUCAUAUGUUGGUUACUGGUAUGGAGAAGAUCUCGGCGAAGGUGAAUGGUUUUAGCGGCGGCGCGUUGCCGCGGUCGCAGAAGUACACCGGGAUGGCGGCGGUGGUGUAUGGUGUGAUUAAGAGGGCGAAUGAGAUCGUGGAGGAGCUGCUGAGGCAGAAUGAUGCCACCGGCAAGGCGAGGGAUCAAGCUAGGGAGCAGAUUGAGCAGAGGAAUUACGAGAUUGCGAUUGAGGUUUCUCAGCUUGAAGCAACCAUUAGUGACUUGAGGGAUGAGGUUGCCAAAAAGGAUUCUGCAAUUGAGGGUUUGGAGAAGGAUUUGGGUGUUAGGGAUUUGAAACUGAGUGAGGUUUCUGAGAGUUUGAGAAAGGAACAAGGUGAGGUUAUGCAGUUGAAGGACCAUGUUGGUGAGUAUGAGGUUAAGUUUAGUAAGUUGGAGUCUCAGAUGGAAUCGCUUAGACCGAUGUUGAUUGAUCAGUUGAGCUUUGUUUCGAAAAUUCACAACCAGAUUUGCAAUGUUGUAAGGGCGUUGACGAUCGAUGAUGAGUUGGGUAAUUUGGAAUUGUCCGAAUCGUUGUUUGUCCCGCAAGAAACGGACAUUGAGGAGAAUGUACGGGCGUCUUUGGCUGGGAUGGAAUCCAUACAUGAGUUGACUUGGAUUGUUGUUCAAAAAGCUAGGGAUGUGGUUGAGGAGAAGAAUCGCGAGAUCAAGAGUUUGGAUGAGACUGUGAAUCGGUUAGUUACGGAGAAGGAUCAAAUUGGUUCUUUGCUUCGGAGUGCGUUGUCAAAGAGAAUGGCAUCUGAUCCAUCUUCUAGGAAAAAUGAGUUGUUUUUAGCUGCUGAGAAUGGGUUGAAGGAUGCUGGUAUAGAUUUCAAAUUUAGUAAGCUUCUUGGAGAUGGGAAGCUUGCAACAUCAAAUGAUAAAGAAGAGGAGGAUGAAAUAUACUCUCUGGCUGGUGCUCUGGAGGAUGUUGUUAAGACAUCUCAGCUUGAGAUCAUAGAGCUCAAGCAUACUGUGGAUCAAUUAAGGGCAGAGUUGAGUUUACUUAAGCUGCACAUAGAAGCUCAGACCAAAGAGCUUGACCAAAGAAUGCAUCGGAUAGAGGAACUUGAAGAGAAGGAGAGGGUGGCAAAUGAAAAUAUUGAAGGGCUAAUGAUGGAUAUUGCUGCUGCUGAAGAAGAAAUUAACAGAUGGAAAGAUGCAGCAGAGCAAGAAGCUGCUGCAGGCAGGGGUGUUGAACAAGAAUUUGUGGCACAGUUGUCAACACUAAAGCACGAGCUUGAAGAGGCAAAGCAGGCCAUGUUGGAAUCAGAGAAGAAACUAAAAUUCAAAGAAGAGACAGCAGCAGCUGCCAUGGCAGCCAGAGAUGCAGCAGAGAAAUCUCUUAGGUUGGCAGACACGAGGUCUUCCAGACUAAGGGACAGAGUAGAGGAGCUCACUCAUCAGCUCGAAGAAUUUGAGAACAGGGAAGACUCAAGGGGAGGAAAUAGGCCUAGAUAUGUGUGCUGGCCAUGGCAGUGGCUCGGCAUGGACUUUGUCGGAUAUCAGCCUCGGCGGCUUGAUACACAACAGGAGGCUUCUAAUGAAAUGGAACUUUCCGAACCUCUCUUAUAAUUCAACCUGUUCUUUCUUUUCAUUUCUUUUGUGUAUUUAUGUUAAUUUCUUCAAUUUUAUAUCACAAAAUUGUAGUUUAUAGCAUCAAGUUCCACCAUCUCUUAAUGCAGCAACGGUGGUUUUGUUCAAUUAUCAUAUUCCAGUAGCUUCUGGCUUGAGUAACUUGCUAUUGCAAUUUGCUUGUUCUGUACGAUCCUUUCUUUGGAAGCACACAUACACUGUCAUUACAGUACACGGUAAUGGAAAGUUCAUACAUGGUUGUUUGA